UUUCAGAUUUCUAUUAAAAGCUUUAUUACAACUCACUUAUCCUACAACUACUUUUUCCCUUUAUGAUACCUUCUGCGACCACUUUUCGUGUAUGUGUCAAAAUUAUCUCGUAACUUUGGUCUAUGAACACACAAGUAUCUUAUAUUUUUUUGUACUAAUUGGGUGGAAGGUAGUUGUAUUUACGUGAAGACCCUUUUGCUCUUGGAGUUCGAACAUUGAACAUGGCCACAAAAGGGUCAAGCUCUUCUGCUGCUGCUUCAGCUUCUGGGGAUGCAAAAAUCAAAAGGGUUCUCACACAUGGUGGUAAAUAUGCACAGUACAAUGUGUAUGGAAACUUGUUCGAGGUGUCUUCCAAGUACGUGCCUCCUAUUCGCCCAAUUGGUAGAGGCGUUAAUGGCAUCGUCUGUGCUGCUGUUAAUUCCGAAACACACGAACAAGUUGCCAUCAAGAAGAUUGGUAACGCGUUUGACAAUAUAAUUGAUGCUAAGAGGACAUUGAGAGAAAUCAAACUCCUUCGUCACAUGGAACAUGAAAAUAUCAUUGGCAUCAAGGAUAUCAUACGACCCCCCAAAAGGGAGACCUUCAAUGAUGUGUACAUUGUUUACGAGUUGAUGGACACUGAUCUUCAUCACAUAAUUCAUUCUGACCAAACUCUUGGUGAAGAGCAUUGCCAGUACUUCUUAUACCAGCUGUUACGUGGGCUGAAAUAUGUGCACUCAGCUAAUGUUUUGCACCGUGACCUUAAGCCCAGUAAUUUACUAAUGAAUGCAAACUGCGACCUUAAAAUUGGGGACUUUGGGUUGGCAAGAACAACAACCGAAACAGAUUUCAUGACAGAGUAUGUAGUCACACGAUGGUACCGUGCCCCUGAAUUGCUCCUUAACUGUUCCGAGUACACCUCUGCAAUUGAUGUUUGGUCUGUUGGGUGCAUACUUGGUGAAAUUAUGACCAGAGAACCCUUGUUUCCUGGCAAAGACUAUGUUCACCAAUUAAGGCUUAUAACAGAGUUAUUAGGUUCACCUGAUGAUGCAAGCCUAGAAUUUCUCCGAAGUGAUAAUGCCAGAAGAUACAUCAGACAGCUUCCACAGUACCGGAAGCAAAAAUUCUCCUCCAGAUUCCCAAACAUGUUGCCUGAGGCAUUGGACCUGUUAGAGAAGAUGCUCAUAUUUGAUCCAAACAAACGCAUUACAGUUGAUGAGGCACUAUGUCACCCUUAUCUUUCAUCACUCCAUAACAUCAAUGAUGAACCAGUCUGUCCCAGGCCAUUCAGUUUUGAUUUUGAUCAGCCAACAUGCACUGAAGAGCACGUGAAGGAGCUCAUUUGGAGGGAAUCGGUGAAGUUCAAUCCAGAUCCACCCUGCCAGUAAUUCUUUCUUAUUUGUAUAAAUGUAACAAGAUGAACCUCUUUCACCUUAAAUGUAUUGCCUGUGCAACACCAAGACGAUUUGCUAGGGACAAAUUCAAGUUCUCUUUUCUUGUAAUCUAGUCCUACACCAACAAAUUUCUCCUGGAAAAUGGGUAAUCGUUAGAAAUCUAGUUGGAUGUCGCAGGCCUUUAUAAGAGUAAUAAAAAAGCUGUGUUGUAUUGUGCUCGCUCAA